AGGGUGAUAUGACAGAAAGUAGCGCUUCCAUAGACGACCGAGUUUUAUCGGUCGUACCACGCAGACAGGAAGAUAUCAGAGUAGUGUUUCACAAAGUUGCCGAUAUCGAAGACGAGGAAGACGAUGUACACGCAACAGAAAGGGUUUACUUACAAAGUAGUCAUGAUUCACCGUGUUUCAGCAAUGAUGAUGAAAAGGCAGGCAGCACCACAAAACAAGUGGACAACACCAAUGCCAUUCUUCGGUUCUGUUCCCGGUACACAUGUUGGAGAACUGACUGCAGCGACGGGAAUCCCAUCCCAGCCGGGGGAGAAACCCCGUUUGAUAAAGAACCAGAGAAGAAGCGCAAGUGUCCAGGCUUGGGUCUUUUCUAUGGGCUCCUAUCUACAGUAUUCUUCUCUGUCAUCGCCCUCCUGGUGAAGAGCAUUGAGGGCAUCCAUGCCAUAGAGAUCAGCGCCAUUCGCUGCUUCUUCCAGAUGCUGUUUGUCAUGCCUCUGCUGCUCUAUCACAAUGUUGGAUUCCUGGGCCCGAGGGACAAACGUGUUUACCUGGUGCUGCGCGGCCUCCUGGGCUCCAACGCCAUGAUCCUGCUCUACUACGCCGUGCAGCAGAUGCCCCUGGCGGAUGCCACCGUCAUCAUGUUCUCUAACCCUGUCUUCACCUCCCUGCUCGCCUGGAUUUUUCUUAAGGAGAAGUGCACCAUUUGGGACUGCGUUUUCACCGUCUUCACCCUGGCAGGUGUCAUCCUCAUUGCUCGGCCACCCUUCCUCUUCGGGGCGCGUACGGAGGGUAUCGAGGGAGACUACACCAAUCACCUCAAGGGGACAAUCGCUGCCUUCGGCGGCGCCAUCGCUGCCGCGUUUGUCUUUGUCGUUCUCAGGAAGAUGGGUAAGAGUGUCCACUACUACCUCUCUGUGUGGUACUACGCAGUCAUGGGCUUCAUAGAGUGCAUCAUCGCUCUGUCAGUGAUGGAGGAGUGGACUCUGCCCUUUUGUGGGCGGGACCGCUGGAUCCUGAUGCUGAUUGCGGUGCUGGGGAUCGCUGGGCAGAUCUUCCUCACCAAGGCUCUGCAGAUAGAGAAAGCCGGGCCUGUGGCCUUGAUGAGGACGGUGGACGUGGUCCUGGCCUUUUCUUUCCAGUUCCUGUUCUUCGACCGUAAGCCGACCUGGUGGAGCCUGGGAGGGGCUCUGUGUGUGGUGGUCAGCACUAGUGGAGUGGCCCUCAGGAAGUUGUAUGCCAACAAGAUGAAGAGUUGACUUAAAGAUGCACAAGAAAACCCUUGUCUUAAUAAGGGUUGAAUUUUUUGAAAUGUUAUUAUUAAGUUAUUAAAUGUUAACCAUACAAAAUGAGAAAACCUUAAAACGUAAAUGUAUUUAAUGAUGAUGUCCUACCUGACACCUGAUGUGUCAUACAAUAUGUUUUAGAAGAUGUCAUUUGAUGAUAUUGUAUAAUGCUGAUGUUUGAGGUAAACCAAAGAAACUUCUUACACAACGUUACUGUAAGGUUUUACACUCUCAGAGAGAUGCUGAAUAUUGAUACUUUUAGUAUUGAGCAUUUAAUUACAUACAAUCUUUUUGUAACCCAUAUAGUCUGGAAAUGGUUAACUGUGUGAUAGGGUGAACUUAAGAUGAAAGGUGUUUGAAAAACUUUUUUGCACUUGGAAAUAUUGAGGGUUAGAAUUGAGUGUGAUCAAACGCACAUCUCCAUUCUAUUUUCCCAGUGGUGAUAUACAUUAGCAAUACAGAAAUAAAAAGUCUAGUAACAAACUGGGAGAAAACCAGUUGCUGGUAAAACAGAAUGAUGCAUACAUCAUAUCAAAGUUUGAAAUCUAAAAACAAGAACUAUUGGUCGGUUGAUGGUCAUUCAGGCAUUCAUGGCAAGACUGUGGAACACCUUUUAAAAACCAACUGCCUUCCUUUCAUAUUUCUACUUGCUAUUAAAAAUUAAGCAUUUGAGUUUGCACACUCUGUUAUAUUACAUGAGUUUUGACACCACUGUGAUCAUUAAGCUUUUACUCUGUAGUUUUCUUAUUUAUGCAAACCGCUAUUUUAUAUGGUAUCUUACUGUUUUUCAGGAGACAAACUCAGUUGUGAAUACUUUAUAAAAGCACUUUCUUCAGAAAUAAAAAAAGAAAGUCUAAGACUUGAAUUAGUAUUUACCUUGCUGUGGUAAAUAUAUAUGCUCUUACUUAAAUUUGCACAAUCAUAUGCAACUAUGACUGUUUAGGGCUCUUAUAGUGAUACAAACCUUUUUUUAAAGAUAUGGUUGUAUGAUGUCUUUUUCUAUAUUGUUUAUAAACAGUAUAUUAACAUGUCACCAUUGUUCAUGGGACCAUAUUUGAAUUCAGGUGGUCAGAGAUGUAAAGGCAUAUAAAAGCAUCUUUAUUUUUGCUAUGGAUUGAAUAAAUUAGCUUAACUAAUAGUAGUCAAAGCACAAUAGAGUAUUCUUAUUAUUCUUACAGUUACUUGUUAUUAAGCAUUUACAUGUAUUACCUUUGAGCAAAACACUAAUCCAGUGGAUUACAUUUGUACUGAAACAUUAGACUCAUAAGAACUGCUUUACACAAUAUUACUUUCAAUGAGUAUUUGAAGGUAUUCUUGAAAAUGUAAAAUAUUUUGUGAGUUGAUUCUGAAAUAAAU